GCUAUUCCGAAUAUUACCGAGGAGUUCAAGUCGACGCCGGAUAUUGGCUGGUAUGGCUCAGCAUAUAUGCUCACAGCCUGUGCCUUUCAGCCCAUGUUUGGUCGCAUCUAUACGAUUUUCUCUGUUAAAGUCUCGUAUCUGGUAGCCGUGUUUCUCUUUGAACUUGGAUCGUUACUCUGCGGUAUAUCAAAGACGUCCAUGACUUUGAUCAUCGGGCGAGCCAUUGCAGGGCUGGGGUGUGCAGGCAUCCUCACUGGGAGUUUCGUUGUCGUUUCAACCACGAUUCCGUUGCAUUUGCGGCCUGUUUUCAUUGCUAUUGUUGGGCUAAUGUUUGGGAUCGGUGCUUCCCUUGGACCCCUGCUGGGUGGUGUUUUUACAGACUUGGUGACAUGGCGAUGGUGCUUCUACAUCAACCUCCCCGUUGGCGGUGCCACCGCCGCGGCCAUGAUGAUUUUCUUUCAUCCAGCAAAGAACAAGGGAGCCAACCGGCCAUUCUGGCAACGUAUCUUGGCCUUGGAUAUCCUUGGAAAUGCGCUUCUCCUGGCGGCGUCCAUCAUGCUCUUCCUGGCGCUCGAGUACACAACCCAGGGGGUGGCCUGGUCAAGUGCAGAGGUUAUCGGACUCUUGACUGGGUGUGGCGUCGUGGCCGUCAUCUUCAUGGCGUGGCAAUGGUGGAAAGGAGAUGAGGCGCUGAUGCCGCCUCGGAUUGUCACUCAGCGUACGGUGGCUGCUUCUUGCGGCAUGGCGUUCAUGACCUAUGGUGCGCUCAUCAACCUGACCUUCUUCUUGCCCAUCUGGUUCCAAGCAAUCAAGGAUGACAGCGCUAUUGGUUCGGGUGUCAACAUGAUCCCCUACUUUUUGGUAAACGCCUUCUUUUCGCUCUUGGCUGGCAUAUUUGUCACCAGGAUCGGUUACGUCACGCCUCCAGCCGUGAUUGGAAGUGCUAUCGGUACUAUUGGUCUUGGAUUGCUGACGCUCUUGAAUCCGCGCACCACGACGGGGCAGUGGGUGGGCUACGAGAUGGUGUGCAGUGUAGGGUUUGGCAUGUCGAUCCAACAGGGAUUCACAGCUGUUCAGACGGUACUUGCGGAGGACGACAUGGCGGUUGGAACAGCAGCGGUGGUGGCUUCGCAGUCGUUGGGAGGCGCCAUCAUCCUAUCGAUCGGAAACAGCGUGUUUCAACACCAGCUCUUGAAGGCAUCAGAGGCUAAUAUCCUGCCCGGAGUCGACAUCAAGAAGCUUAUCGAUGUGGGCGCAGCUUCAUUCCAUAAUCUUGUACUGGAUGAUGAGCUGCCAUUAAUGUUGGAGGUGUACAAUGCUGCACUGCGAUUGGUGUUUAUUGUGGGCAUCCCCAUGGGUGCAAUGGCUGCCAUCAUUUCGUGCUUCCUCGAGUUCAAGUCAGUCAAGGCGAACAAGGAGGGUGAUGUGGCGAAAAAUCGUGCCGAGGAUGUCGCGCAAAAAGCGUAA